AUGGUAGGGUGUAUGCGUAGAUGCGUGUGGUCGAGGUUGCUCGUCUUCCUCGUGUUCUUCUUUCUGACAUCGAGCUUUACACCUGCUGCCUUGGAUUGGGCUUUGAUGCAGCGACGCACCAGUCUGCAGGCAAUCCUCACGCGGAUGAGUCCUUACUUUGUGCGCAUACACACAGCCCCCGAUACGGAGGACUACUACGGGUUAUGGCGGUAUCAUGAUUUUGGCGCAGACGCUUAUCGUCAGCCAAGGACUUCAGGUAUCCCUGCUGUCCCCAUCGUGUACGUUCACGGUAAUGCCGGCAGCUUCCAAGAUAUGCGCUCCCUUGGGCGGUUUGUAGGAGAGGCCAAUGUGCAGCAACGACACCGUCGUGCUGAAUACUUCAAGGAGGACGUCAAGCGUGCGCUCUUCAACAUCUACAAACAGGAGAAGCGAAGAAUGCCAGUAGAUGGGGAAGAGAUUCCAAAGGACCUUCAACAGCGAGCUGAGGAUGCCGUAUUGGCAGAUACUCCUCUGUUAGGGGCUGAGCUUGUGGGGGUGGAUUUUGUAGAGGAAUCUAACACACACAGUGGUAUUUUGUUGUUAAAGGAAGCCCGGUUUUUGAAUUACAGCGUUCACCUGCUUUUGCAGGGGCUGAUGGAUCACUACAAGGAAGUCCUCACUCACACUAAAGGUGGCAUAAGGAAGAAGAGUGGGGACCCUGUCCCCAAGCUUAGCACAGUGAGCGCUGUAGAAACGGAAUACAUUGAUAGUGUGUGUCAGGUGCAAGAGGAAACAAUGCAAACGAAAUCAGCAUGCUCUAUUGCAAAGGAACAGCUUGAUACGUUCUCCUCUGUUGAGCGCAUACGACGAGAACUGGAGCGGGUGCAGAAGGAAGGCAUUUGGAUGUGGACAGAAUCACUGGGAGGUAUUGUAGCCGUAUUCGCUGCCGUACUCGCACCACACAUGUACGCUGGUCUGGUCAUGGCAGGGCCACCGCUGCGCUAUCCUCCGCUGCUUUUCGAUAUGAGUUGUGUGGAUUACCAGCGAGUCGUACACAAUGCGGUGAUGGUGUCGUACGCGUACAGUAACGCUUCUAAGCAGCGUGACUGGUCAAAAAUUGCUGAUGCCAGAUUCGCACCCCUUGAUUUGCUGCGGAACUUACGUAACAUUCCAUCGCAGGAGAUAGCGGCGCGGAUGGCGAGUGUCAGCAUGAUCACCAUCCACGGUGGCUCAUUGGAGGACAUUGUUCCGCCGCGCAGCUCUUUCGUGGCGCGGUCCACCGGCCGCUAUGCUUCAUCAUCAGAGCACCAGCAGCUCCUCCCAAAGGCGCCCCCCCCAGCUGGGCGCAGGGAUGUGUGCACAGAGGAGCUGCGUGGUUGCGGUAUAUCUCUCACCCAUCGCGGUCUCGUGUACGCACAGCAGCUGCUUGAUGUGGCGGGGGACUCACUUGUUAAGGCAGCAUUGACUCCAAAAUCGGGUGAACUUAUGGGUAUCGAACCGACCAUUCCACCCACGAGAGAUCGAUUGUUUCCAAUGGUUGUAGAGACAUUUCCCCAUUCGUUGGAUACUCACCGCAUCGAGGAGUUUCACUUUGUGAACUCUCUCAAUGAAACAGAGGGGCAUGACGGGUACCGCAAGGAGGAGACCUCUCGAGUACUAAGUGUGACAAUGACAAACGUGUGUGUGGAGGGCAGGAACAUGUUGAAUUUGCAGGAAAUCCCAACAGAUGAAGAAAGAGACAGCGAGUCUUGGAAGCCGCUGCAUCUUUUCGUUGGGGCAACAACAUACAUCCCACAGGAUGUCUACCUUCCAACAUUAACGCUGGUGGAUGCGGAGCAGAAUGCAUCUUUCCCUGACAUGGAGGUAACAUCACGUGCAGCAACCAAGCUGCACCUUCCGAUACGUCGGAAGGACGGUGAACCCACCGAGGGGAACGUGUUGCAAACCGUAAUCAGUUUCCAGCUACUGCAGAAGAAGCGGCCGGUGUCACCGAGGUGGGUGCGCCCGCUGUUUUGUUUUUCAGUUUACUCCACAAAAUUAACGAAGCGUCACUUUUCAUUUGUUCAACACGAUAUUAUUGACCCACUGCGCGAGACGGCUUCUCCCAUGGCACAAAAGGAGGCUAUCACCGCACAGAUGAGUGGCCAUGUCUCCGUGGAAAACUACGGUAGGUUUGCGCUCAUCCGAAACCUGGAUAGUAUAUCAAUGGAAACAAAUAUGGUUGUGCGUGCCAAGGACGGCGUCGUGUUUCCCCAUCUUAUAUGCGGUUCCUUCCGCUCUUUCCGUCUGGCGUUUCGCGGCACUGAGGGCCUUGCGAUGGACGAGCCUGAGUCCCAGUUGCAGUAUUUCUUUGGCCCAUACGAAGAAGGGCGCGAGACAUUUCACUAUAGCUGGCGCCCGUUUCAUACUGUGCCAUUCAAUCUGACCAAUAUUUAUGUAGCAUACCUGCUGACAGCAGACGAGCAACCGACGAUAAACCUUGUUGAUCUGCAGAUGUACCAAUCACCCAGAUGGAAUGAUCACAAUUACUGGGUUUGGCGAUUUAACCAAUGGACAAUGCGGUGGAUGGCGGUGUUGUCAACUUAUUCUGUAUCGGGGAAGUUUGUGGGAUGCUAUGUACUUUCUUUUCUUACCAUGUACGUUACAUUCUAUAUGCCCCGUUUCGUUGGACAUAGGACGGAGUCACAGUUGAGUUUGCGGACUCUGCGCAGUGUGAGCCCUGUUUUAAUGGUUCUAAUCGUCAGUCUUGGGUUGGAGUACACUUCCAGUGCUUUGGCAAAGAAGACGAUGCGGGUUUGUCUUGAUGAUAACCCUCCGUUGAAGAAGGAUGAAGAGCUUACGGCGAUGAUGAGUCUCGCGGAAAGGCUGACGCUGAUGUUCCUCUAUGCCCUUCCACCACGCUACGAAGAGUGUAAGUAUUCUUGGAUACGUAUGCAAACAGUUCCCCCGGGUGAUGUGCAAAUUGAUCAUAUGCUGCACUUGGUGUGUGCAUUCUGCUUCGCUGUGUUGGUUUUCCUUUUUGAAUGCGCAGUGUUUGCUCUGACGCGGAUUGUGUCGUUUGUGUGUCAAUUUCCAUUUAGAAACCGUCUCCGCCGUGUUGGAAUUAGUCCAUGGGUGUUGGGUUUGUUGUGGUGUAUGCCCAUCGUAAUGCACGCCACAAUUCCAUGGAUGCACAUCUCUAUUACAACAACGGUGGCUUGUUUGGUGUCGUACUGUGUGAUUUGGUGCAUUCCAUACGAAGUACUUGUCGCAGGCGGCCCGCAGUACCGCUGGUUGUGUUUCCUACUAGUCAUGCUCGGGCACCUCACCGCUCACUUUGAGGGUCUCGUGCUGGUUUUAAGGAACUACUUUAUUGUUUCACCAGUCACGCUGAGAGACAAGGAGCGGUGCACCACGCUCCUAGAGCAUCUUGAAGCCUUUGCAAUUGUACAAUGUAAUUUGGCUGUUGUUUACACUACCGUUUACCUCACACUCCGUCAUCACAGCGGUGUUGUGAGCGACGUGGCGUCGAAGAAAAAGGAGGUUGAGGUAACGAACUCCACAGGUAGUGCACUUUGUAGAGAAAACGGUACAAACCUGAAAAGAGAUCAAUUGCCUUAUGUGCUCGGUGACUUUGGGCGCCGCUAUCCUCGUUUUUGGCGGCUUCUGCGGAUAUGUUCAUCCCUCGUCAUUUUGCUUGGUCUGUGGGUCAGCCUAGUUUCUCUGCGUCGGCCACUCGAGGGCAGUAUUGCUCUGCUUGGAGUGUGCAUUAUGGCGGUGUACGUGGCGCUUGUUUUGGUCAGGUUGUGGUGA